AUGACCACACUCACGAUGGUGACGUGCCGUCUGCUGUACGCCCUGCUGGUGCUUGCCCUGUGCUGCUGCCCGUCCGUGUGCGCGGCAGAAGGUGGUGGUCAGAAGCAGGAAAAUACCACUACGACUACCACAACAAAGCCACCAACUACGACGACCACGACAACAACAAAGCCACCAACUACGACGACCACGACAACCACGACCACGACCACUGCGCCGGAGGCACCAAGCAUUACGACUACAGAGGCGCCAAAUACGACGACCACCCGUGCGCCGUCAAGUAUUCGCAGAAUUGACGGCAGCUUCGGCAGCUCUGCGUGGGCGUGUGCCCCGCUGCUUCUCGCCGCAUCCGCACUGGCGUACACCACUCUGGGCUGA